AUGAACUUUGCUAGGCAGCGGCUCCUCAAAACCGUGAAAUUUGGAGGCGUGGGCUCAGUCUCUCUAGGCGCAGCCAGCGGCGUCGUGUUGCUUUCUUCAUCAGGUCCCAGUGGUCAGACAAAAGAAAAGCUUCCCAUAUACCCUCACCCUGAUCCGGAAAUUCUCCUCCAAGAAGUUCCCUCUGAACUCGAAAAACAAAUCGGUGUCGCAAGGAGAGAGAUAACGUCGAGGUAUAGAGAUGCACAUAAGCAAGUACAAGGGUUAGUGGAUAGGUGGAUUAAUAUUGAGCAUGCUGUUGAAAACCGUGUCAAAGCAAUAAUUUCUCCCGACGAAUCACUCACCCCAUCUGUUCUUUACAUCGGUGUUUCCACACUGACUGGGUCCAUUUUAACCCGUUCUCGUUCUAUCCCUCUUCGGUUGAUCUUCCCACCACUUCUCUUCGCUCUUUCUUCAGCCCAUUUCUUACCAAAAACCACCUCGAACUUCACCUCAUACCUUGGUUCGCUCGAAGACACAUAUUUCCCCACUCUAGCUCAAAAACACGACGUGGCUAAGGCGCAUAGCGCGAUGACUUGGGACAGAGCAAAGGAAGCAGUGGAAGGUGCAAGGAGGAGUGUAGAGGGUGGUGUGCUUGGCGGGGUGGAGAAGAUGCAGCAGGUUACAGGGUUGAAGGUUGGGGAAGUGUGGAAGUUGGGCGAGGAGAAGCAGGGAAAGGUCGUGGAGGCAGUGAAAGCGCUCGAGGAGAAUGCGAAAGAGGCGGAGGUUCGUGUCCUAGAGGCUGCGAAAGUCGUAGAGAAGAAGACUGAAGAGGCUGUCUCUGAUGCGGAGACGAAGAAAGAGGAGAUCAAGAGACUCGUUUGA